AUGCCCUUUUUAAAGUCGAAGGCUGGUCAGAUGUACAGACAGUUGCCUCGCGUGCCCACGACCAGGUUUCUCUCGCCGCAAGAGCUCACGUCUGAUAUAUUAUUCAGCGGAUACAGGCCCAUCGUGUGUCCGUUGCGGGAGAACCCGUUGUUCCAGGCGAAGGUGAAGGAAGCCGAAGCUAAAUCGAGACAGGAGGCCGAAUCGCAGGCCCAGGCCCAGGCUAAGGCCCAGGCCAAGGAAACCAAGGACCCUCAGGAAGAAGAGCACCCGUUCAUGGCUGGUCCCAAUGGGACAGGGGGUAUUUUAUCUGGCGGUGUGAACGGAACAUGGCGAUACAACCCGCGUAUACCCAACAAGCUUCUCCAGAGUGCGCUUUGGUCGAGCAGUGCGAUGGGGAUGGAGUACUAUCCGGAGUGGAAUGCCAUUCCCAGCAAGGUAUCUGCCAGUUUGAAGCCGUUCCAGCUGGACAGCGACAUGGAGACACGGCCCGGCGUGAAGUUACAGGACGAGCUGCAAGACGACAAGACAGUAGACCAGUACGAGCAAGUGGUGCAAGAGUACUUGCAACAAUGGAGGGGCAAGUGA